AUGAACGAUUUUGGGUCAAAUUCAACGGGUCAUAUAUUAGAUCAACUUCCUUCAUCUUCAAAUCAACAUCACAUUCCUAUAUUCCAAUUUGGGUUUAAUAAACAACAUCUUGUCAACGAGGAUUAUUACGAUUUGGAUAGUAUUUUAGCAAUGAAAGCAAAUAUUCAUUGUGUAUUUGAAUCAGGAACUCCUCUUGGAAUCUUCCCGUUAAUUGGACAAAAGUUACCCGAAGCAAUCGAUGAAGGAAAAGUCCAUCAAACUGUUGUUCCUGUUUGGUUACUUUCUGCAGGAAUUGGAGAUAUUUGUCGGUUUAACUUGCCAAAUGCUUACAACAAAAUUAAUUCUGAUGUCAUUGCUGCUGCAGCUAAUACUGGAAAGUUAGAAACUACUCGUAUUGUGGCAAGACAACAUUAUUUUUAUUUGUUGGGCAUCUUUCUGUGCAGACAUAUAAACACUACAGAAGCAAAAAGGAUUUCAACUACCUUAUUGGAUGGAUUUACUUCCAGAAUUGGACAAAUAAUUUCACUUGCUGUUGACACUAGUUUAAAACCUCGUGAUCUACUUGAUGAAAGUGAGAAAAUGCUUUUUUAUGCCAUUCAAAAAUCUGAACGUCUUCAACUUAAGUGGGUUAGACGUGAGCUUUCUCAUUCCAAACGACGAUCAACAAAGCGUAAAUUUAAUCAAGAAUGUGGUUCUUUUUUACUUUGA